AGCCGGCCAUCUUAUCGCGCCGAGGAGGAGAAGAGCAGCAGAUAUGGCUGACUACAACGCCGUGGCUCCCCCGUCCUCUAACGCCGGCGGAAUGAACGACGCUUUUAAAGACGCUUUACAGCGAGCACGACAGAUCGCAGCGAAGAUCGGUGGCGAUGGUGGUCCGGCACCCCCAACGAACGAAUUCGGCUACGGGGGCCAGAAAAGGCCCCUGGAGGACGCUGGUGGGUAUUUUCCCAUGCCUAACCUGAAUAUCGACCAGCCGGAGACGAAGAAAGUGGCAACAAAUGAUGCCUUCUCGGGAAUGGGAGGAAUGGGUGGCCCACCGAGGUCAAUAUCAGAGGAAUUCAAGGUUCCAGAUGGAAUGGUUGGAUUCAUUAUUGGAAGAGGAGGCGAACAGAUAUCACGUCUGCAGCAGGAGUCUGGGUGUAAAAUACAAAUUGCACCUGACAGCGGAGGGAUGCCGGAUAGGUCGGUGACAUUAACAGGAGGUCCAGAUUCUAUCCAGGCUGCCAAGAGGCUACUAACAGAGAUAGUGGAGAAGGGGCGCCCGGCUCCAGCGUUCAACCACAACGACGGCCCGGGAAUGACUGUCCAGGAGAUUAUGGUCCCUGCUUCUAAAGCCGGACUCGUCAUUGGGAAGGGAGGAGAAACCAUUAAAAGCCUUCAGGAGAGAGCUGGAGUGAAGAUGGUCAUGAUCCAAGACGGACCCCAAAACACAGGUGCAGACAAGCCACUCCGCAUUUCAGGAGAACCCUUUAAAGUUCAGCAAGCCAAAGAGAUGGUGAUGGAGCUGAUCAGAGAUCAGGGCUUCAGAGAGCAGAGAGGCGAAUACGGUUCACGAGUUGGAGGAGGCGGAGGAGGAGGAGGAGACAGCUUAGAUGUCCCCGUCCCCCGCUUUGCAGUGGGAAUUGUAAUCGGCAGAAAUGGAGAGAUGAUCAAGAAAAUACAGAACGACACCGGCGUCCGGAUUCAGUUCAAACCAGAUGACGGCAGCACGCCGGACAGGAUAGCACAGAUCAUGGGUCCCCCCGACCAGGCUCAGCACGCAGCAGAAAUCAUUUCUGACCUCUUGAGGAGCGUCCAGGCCGGCGGGCCUCCGGGGCAUGGCGGCGGCAGAGGUCGUGGUCGCGGGCAGGGGAACUGGAACAUGGGCCCCCCUGGUGGCCUGCAGGAGUUUACCUUCACUGUCCCGACCAUGAAGACCGGCCUCAUCAUUGGAAAAGGUGGUGAGACGAUCAAAGGCAUCAGCCAGCAGUCUGGAGCCAGAAUCGAGCUGCAGAGGAAUCCUCCUCCCAACUCUGAUCCCAACAUCAAAAUGUUCACAGUGCGGGGCUCCCCUCAGCAGAUCGACUACGCCCGGCAGCUGGUGGAGGAGAAAAUCGGAGGACCCGUCACUCCAAUGGGUGGCCCACACGGUCCCCCUGGUCCACAUGGAGGACCCGGCCCACACGGUCCUCCUGGACCACCAGGACCCCCCGGUGCUCCCAUGGGCCCGUACAAUCCUGGACCAUACAACCAGGGACCUCCAGGACCACACGGUCCACCGGCGCCUUACCAGCCUCAGGGAUGGGGCAACGGCUACCCGCACUGGCAACAGGGCCAACCGGAUCCAAAUAAAGCAGCAGCUGAUGCCAACGCAGCAGCGUGGGCAGCCUACUACGCUCAGUACAGCCAGCAGCCGCAGGCUCCCAUGACCCCGACGAGCGGAGCUCCCGGCACGACUCAAACCAACGGCCAAGGUGACCCACAGGCUGCAGGUCAGAGUGGACAGGCAGAUUACUCCAAGGCCUGGGAGGAAUAUUACAAGAAAAUGGGUCAACAGAGUCAACAACCUCAGGACUACACGAAAGCCUGGGAGGAGUAUUACAAGAAACAAGGUCAAGCGGCCCCUCAGGCCACAGCAGCAGCAGCCGCCUCUCAGCCCGGAGGCCAGCCGGACUACAGCGCCGCCUGGGCAGAGUACUACCGCCAGCAGGCCGCCUACUACGGCACGGCCAACCCUCAGACGAUGGGCGCAGCACCACAAGCCCCUCAGGGCCAGUAAUGUGAAGUGGACAUAAAGUAAAUGCUACAUUGUCGAAACAAAAUCCUUUGUUAAAUGUUUGGAUGCAGACGCCUUGGUGAAGAUCUUAAAUUUCCUUGGUUUCAAAGUGUUUCACAUAGAUGGCAGAUUACCCGGCGAACACGUCCUUCCUCCUCUUUAUUUUGUUUUUUUCCUUUUUCUUGUAAAUGCUUUGUUUUUAGUGAGGUAAUUAUACAUAUGGUCAUUCCAGCCCUGUAUCUACAUUAAAUGUGGUUAGAACUCAUGUUUAUUAAACUGUAGACAUUACAUUGUAAAUCAUCUCAGUUUUAAAAAUGCUCUUGCCUGUUGUGUUUUUGCAAUAAAACAAACUGAAACCUCCUGUGUUGGUAAGUUGGGGUGGUUUUAAAAGCGAAAUAGGAAUUUCUGUAUGUUUUUGUUUUGAUGGGGGUGGGUAAAGUUAGGCCAUGUGGGGGUUUAAAUGUCCAAAAAGGUUGACUCAAAGUUGUGAUGUCCUGUCUCUCUCCAACUGUCUAUAAGUCUCUUAGAUACAUUAUGUGCGUGCAAUGAUCCUGAGUGAUUCAGACCAACAAACGUCCUUGCUGAUAGCCUUUUUUUCCCGAUUCUUGUGUUUCCUGAAUUUAGCCGUAGACAGAUGUUUGUCACAAGACAGGUAUCCAUGCACCGUAACUCAUGCAUUAACUGCGUUGCUGUGGCAUUCUUUUUUAAAAAAAAUAUUGCCUGGUUUUGCUGAUAUUGUUGAGGUAGUAUGCACUGUAUAUUUGCCUUGAUAUAGACACUUCCUCCUCCACAGGCAAGUUUAGAAAAAAGCGGUAAGCCAAGUAUUUUUCUUUGUUCCUCAAAAACGUGGUUGCAAGAAAUGUUGCCUAUUUUUAGUGUUACCUAUUUUUGUGCUGUUCUUUUUCCAGGACAGUCAGGUAAAUUGUAUCGAAAACUGCAUUCUGUCUUGCCCAUUUUCAAAUUGCGAACUAACUCAAAUGUAUAAAUUUGUUAUUAUUUUUUAUAAACAAAUGUUUUUUUAAUAUAAAAACAUUGCAAAACUUUUUAUUGCUGUCCCCAUUCUGUUAGUGUUUAUCCAAUUUAAGAACAUAGAUGUUGUAGGGGCGGGGGUGGCUAAGCAGUCGUCAUCCAUCAGUUGAGCCCUCCUAUACUGUAAGUACAAAAAACUGUGACUGAUUUUGAGAGAUAAACGCCUUUUUUAUGCUUUAUGAGCUGCAAAAGAUGUAGUAUUUUUUUGUCAUUUUCCCCAUGUCUCUGGGUAAGUAUGAAAUGUUCUCAGGAGAGGAUUAGUGCUUUAGACUCACAUGUUUUUGAGACUUAUCUCCCCUUGUGUGACUCCACAAUAUCUCUGAUUCUCCACAGUAUGUUGAUACUCUUUAGAUUGUUAGACUAUUUGUGUAGGUAGCAUUUCAGUCGGAUUUCUGAACCGAGGGUUUGAAUGUCAGCACUCUGUUACACUGUUGGUAGGAACUGAUUUUUGUUGCGUUUUGAAUACCUGCAAAGUGCCAUUGUCUAGUUGAGACUGUCAUGUUUUUUUUGAAAAAAAUGCCAUUUAUUGCUUAGAAAAAAAGUGCAUAACUGGAGUGUAGCAUGCUUAGGUUUCUGCUGUUAUUACUUUAAUGUCCUAUAUGAGCAUGUGGAAUGCUAGUAGUGGAAGUGCUUCUGACUUUAGCCCAGUAUUGAUUAUGACUUUUUUUCUGAAUGAGCACUGUUGUGAAAAGGCUGUUAACUUCAAGCAUUGUUCACUGAUGGCAAACAGUGCAAUAUAUCUGAUCUUUGCAGUGUCGUCCCAGACCUUGCACCUUAGGUUCUGCUGCAAUAACACAGGUAAGCGAAACCUAAGGAAACCAGUGUUUUUGUCCAGUGACAAUUUACAUGCAAAGAAAUGCUUACCUGUGUCUUUUCAACAAUGCAUUUAUGCUCAGUCGUUAAAGAAAUGUGCAGGAUAUUUUUUUUUUUUGAAGUAUGAACAGCCGUUUAAGAUGCUUUCAUGAAUGAUCUGCAUGAUGUUACAUGACAAAAAAAAGUUGCUUAGGCUCACUGAGGAAAUGUUGUCAUUACUGUGCUUAAUAUUUGAUGAUAGCCUUAUUAUUUUGCACAUCCCGGUAAGUUCUGACAGUUUAUCUUUAGACACUGGUACAUCCAAACUGCAUGCCAUGCAAACCUGUUGCCAGAAGUUAGCAAUGUGCUCAACCGCUAGAUCAGAAAGGGUGAAAUAAAUGAUUUUUAUUAUUAUUAUUAUUAUUAUUUCUCUGUCGUGGUGUGAAUCUGCCCUCAAGUGCAGUGCAAAUCUACUAUUGAAACGCUGCUGCCUUCACUUCUCGCUCACAGUGUUGGAGGAUGCUGCAAGCUUAGGUCAUAGAAUCAGGCCCUGUCGUAGUUUGUCCCCAAAAGGAGGAAUCCUUUGAGUCAAUCCCCACUGCUGAACGUAGACCGUUCAAGAGCUCCAGUGAUAAGGUAAAAAACAGCAACGCAAUGAAAUUUGAAUUCUGUGAUUGUUGGUCAGAUACAUGUUUUUUCAGCUCGGAUCAACUGUCUUUUUAAUGUUGCCAUAGUGUAUUUAGAGUUGUCUGAUGGUUUCUUAAUCGCUUGAAUGCCUUUAUCAAUAACCUAGGAAUGUGCUUUAGAAAGUUGGAUGAGGACAGGAACUGAUUUUUAUGACAUGCACUGUUUUAUUAGCAUUGCAAUUUGGGGUUUUUAUCAGUUUUAAAUCACUUAUUCUCUGCAGUUUAAAGGGUCACUUACUGUUUUGAGGCUGUUCACUCUGUACGUGUGUGAUGCUCAGUGUUUCAACACAGAGUUCGUGGGGGUGUAGAAGACAAAACAAGGAGCAUGCCUUAGAGGUAAAAACAAAAAAAGGUUUCAUGUGCUGUGUAUAUUACCAAAUAUAUUGGUUUUUGUUUUUCUGAUCAACUGUUCUGACUUUUUGAAAUGUUGCCAUGUUCAUUAAUAAAGUUGUAACAAAUGAAGUGGACUCAUUCACUGGAGUUUUAUUUAACACAUUUUCAUAAGUUUUUAUUUGAUUACUUUGUACACAAAAAACAGUGAACUCACAAAUGUAAAAUUAUUUGCUUUGUAAGAUCCACUUUAAAUGACAGCUUUAUAUUUUUCACAAAUCUGCAACAGAACAAUACUCAAAUGGUCAUUCCCCCUGUUCAUACAGGCUCUGGAAAUAUCCGCUUCUACUGCAACUUUAGUUAAAAAUUGGGGAACAAAAUCUUGAAACACCCCUAAAGUCAAUGAGGCUUCAACAGUGUGAGUUAGAUAAAGAAAAUUAACUUAAAAAUUUAAAUCC